AAGCAAGAGCAGAACUCAUCGACGAGGACGGGAACGGCGAAGAAGUCCAAAGCUGGUCCAGUGCGCGAGGCGUGUGUGGAAGUUCGGUGGAAAAUUCGGGCGGCAUUUAUUUAUGUUCUGAGUGUUCUGGUGAAGUGAAAGUGAAACGGUUGAGCCGUACAGUGCGAGCAGUUGAUAGCCGAGCGAUUCGAAAAGUCGAGUGGGAUCCGGACGGCCGAGAAGAUGGGGCUAAAAGGAUGUUGUAGCGCCAUCAAAUACCUGAUGGUCCUCAUCAACCUGCUAUUUUGGGUUCUUGGAUUGGCCAUAAUCAUUUGCGCGAUAUGGAUGCUUACGGACCCAACGUUCCUAUUUUCCAUGACGCAAGAAGACAACCACUACUACAUUGCUCUUUAUAUAUUCUUGGCCGUAGGAGCGCUCAUGCUGAUAGUUGCAUUUUUGGGUUGUUGUGGAGCCUUUAAAGAGUCACAAUGUUUACUUGUAUCGUUUUUCUGCUGUUUGCUGGUGAUAAUUGUAGCGGAAAUCGCAGCUGGAGCUUGGGCAUUCCACAAUAGUGACAAACUAGAUGAUAUGGUUCGAGCAUCUGUGAAGCAUACAGUUGAGAAUGAAUAUGAUGUGAUUACGAGCCGAACACUUGCUUUCGAUACAUUCCAACGACAGAUGAAAUGCUGUGGCGCUAAUGGACCAUAUGAUUGGGCUUCGGCGAAAUACAACAAUAAAGGCGAAUCGAAUAUUUUCGAUUUGAAAUUGUCCAAUGUAAAGAUUAAUUUCGAAAUCCCACCGUCUUGCUGCAAGGAAGAGGUUGAUACGACUACAUGCGAAGUGUCGAGGAAGCUUGGCAUCGGGGCGAAAAUUAAUCCUGCGUUAUAUACUGAGGGCUGCAUGGAUAAGUUGGUAAAAACUAUUCACGAACACUGGAAAAUCCUGUUGGGAAUAAUCAUCGCUAUCAUCCUCCUCGAGUUCUUUGGAUUAGUUUUUGCGCUAGUGUUGUGUUGCGCAAUCAAAAACAAUGAUCACUACAAAGCUUAGAUUCAUCAUUAACUACUUUCUUUGCUUCAUAAAAAAACACAUUAAAGAGCCAUAAUAGUUUCGGAUAAAAAAAAAAGAAGAAAGAGGUCAACUCUUAUCUCUCUUCCUUAGGACUUAUUAACUUGAAUAACUUCCAAGCUAUUUAGUUUGAAAGUGAAUUCUUUCCAUUGAAAACGUGUCAUCCAACUCUCUGUUACGCUUAGAUCCUUAGAUGCCAACCGUACAAGUUUACUUUAAUACGAGUAUGCUGAAGCAAUUUAAACGAUUGUAGAUUUUUAUAAAGUUUGACAUACUUAAAAGUUUGUUUUGAAACAGCUGUAGAAAAAGAUUAUCCUGGAAUCAGUGGAAAAAGUAAGCACAGUACAUUUCUAGAAUCAGUAAACGAUUUUUUUGUCUCGAAAUUCGAACUUGAAGAAUUUGGUGAGCGCAACAAACGCAAUGGUACGCAAUGCAACUGUACAACACACAAACUUGCUACAAAUGAAAACAGCGAAAAUAAAGCACUGUUGCAGUGGAUCAACAAAGGAAUGAAUCAAAUACACAAUAUUUAUAUUUUUGAAAACUAUUUUAUAAAGAACGAAACAAAGAGAUUGCAUGUACACAAAUGCAAUCGUAAAUUGGACGUAACAAAUAUUCUUCAAUUUAUAACUGUGCGAGCAGGAGAUGAAACAUGAAAUAUAUCUAGUGGAAACUUAAUAAUUUAUAACAUAAAGGAGAAAUCUAUAUUACUGUUGGCUAAAUGACAUUUUAACUAGAGAUCUUCCCAUUAAUAUUGUAUGUUUAGAUGUAGGAAAGUAUGAAAAGUUUGCACUUCUUCAAGUACAAGUGGUUUCCAAUUAAAUUGCUCUCUAACUGUACCAGAAAUAGUCAUUGUCACCCAUUGUGAAAACAACUUAACUUGAUCUCAUAUGAAAUGGUAAACUAGCUCGAGGACCGCAGCGGCGGUUCGCUGGAAGCUAUCUUCAAUAUCAAUUAACCAUUUGUACUCUGAAAACUCAAGUGGAACGACUAAUAUUUUGGGAUGUUCUAUAUUUUGUAAUAUUAUCUCAGAAAAAGUGGAAUCAGAGUCCUGUUGGUGAUGUGGCAUUCAUUCGAACUUGGUUUGAUUUUCCUAUUCGGCCGUCCAUGUAGGCUUUAUCCUUUAAACCCACGAAGUACAAAGUUACCAUUUUCAAAUUUGUUUAAUGCGAUGAUUGUCCUGUUCUUGAACACUUUAUAGUUUAUAUACAAAAUUAAAUGCCAAGUAAGUGAUCAGAUACAUCACCAAUGGGAUGUCUUAGAGGAUAAGCAUAUUUAAUAAUAUUGAUCUGUCGCCGUAAUAUUUGUAAGAUUCAAAAGAAUAUUAAGUAGAGUGAUGUCGAGUAGUGUUGAUAAUGAACGUUAAAUUUACCAAAAAAAAGCAAAUACAAAAUGCCCAGCUACAAAUUUGGCAAUACCAAAGAAGAAUUUGGCCUAAAUUCGUCCUAGUUUGAGUCAUUGACUUUAAACCUCGAUUCACGCGAAACUUUAAAGUUACUACACAGUAACGAACGUUUAAAUACUAUUGCGGGAACAAGAUAAAUCCUUUAUCAAUAAUAACUGAGUUUUGGUUCUCAAAAUCCAGAAACAGUUACUUAGAGCUCCGGACUAUAUACUUUCCUUUUUUGGUGCAUCUCACAAAACGCAGAGCCUAGCAAACGUUACCACGAACAAGUUGCAGUUUAAAUACAUCGAUCUUAACUGAAGCACUAAGCUCAGUAUCUUCCUCGCAUACACUCAUUGUAUGUGCCGCACAAUAUUUAUUUUGAUGAAUAUUUUUAAGAUGCCAAAUUGUAAACCGCAUGAAAUUUGUGUUCCAUAUUUUUUUCGGGUAAUUUAUACUAUCCCGUUUUCGUAAGUUUCAUAUUUUGUGCCAAAAACAACAGAAAUUCAAGCAAUUAUGAAACAAUAAUUAAAUAAGUAAUUUUAGUUGCUUCCGGCCAAAAAUCAUAAUGCACAAAACAGAAUGGAUGCAACGCAUGUGGAUGCCAACUGCCACGACAUUCUGUCGACUGAACAAUCUCAAAACUGAUUAAACACGCAAACAUAUAAACGUACACAUGACAAUUUUCGAAUCUUUACUUCUACAUACUCCUUCAACAAGGAUAACUCGAAUUUACUAUUUUAUUAUUGCAUUAACAUGCAGACGGGAACCACUGAGCGCCCGAAUAUCGAACUAACACUUUGGCAAAGCUGUCACCAACUCCAUUCAGAUUUUUCGAUAGAUAUUUUCCUUUGACUUUUUAUAAUGAAUUUAUUUUGUAAAGUAAAAAUAGGGAUGAAACUGUUGGACUAAACAUAGUCAAAGUCUCGAAUAUAUAUACAUAUAUAUGUGAAAUGUUCUCAAUAAUAAUGAAUAAUGACGAUAUUCUCCCAUUAAUUUUAGACACUUAAGUAUUAAUUCUAUUUACCGCGCAUCCAGAAUUAAAGUAACUACUGAAGAUAUUCAAGUAUGUUCUUAUUCGUAGACUACGAUUAAUUGUUGACGUAAGCUUCUCACUCUUCGGUUACUAAUUUGUUGAUAUUUUAUCGGAAAUUGUUCGGUUUUGUAUUAUAAAUAUGUUUCCAUAACAGCAAAGUAGGAUACGAUGCAGUAACUAUUAUUAUUAACAUAGUCUAGACGCAUGAAAUAUUACCAAAUGAUGAAAGAGAUGCUAAAAGUUUCGAUUUAUUUUUUGUAUGAUAUUAUUCAGAGUAAACACAUGUUUAUUUUUUUGAUUUUUUUUUAUUAAUAAAUGUUUUUCCUCAUA